AGAACCAACUGUUCCAGUUCUUUAUCCGUGCGCAUGACGGCGGCACGCCCUCGCUCUACUCGGACGUCCCGAUCGACAUCUACAUCAUGAGUUCGGCCGAAAACCCGCCCCUGUUCGAGAAGAAGGACCGCAAACUGUUCCUGUCGGAAAGCUCGCUGCCGGGCACGGUCAUCACGCGGCUGAAGCUGUCCGGCAACGUUACCGCCCGGUACCGCAUCCUGUCGGACGAGCUGGAAGAGCCACAGUUCUCGAUCAACGAUGCGGGGCAGCUGCGGCUGGCGAAGACGCUCGACCGCGAGGUGCGCGAUGCGCACCUGAUCGCGAUCCUGGCCGAGACGGACUCGAGCCCACCGCUCACGGCCGUCACCGAGAUCGUGCUGCACGUGCAGGACGAGAACGACAACACGCCGAUCUUCGAAAGCAACCCGUACUCGUUCGCGCUCGCGGAAAACAUUGAAAAGGGCAGCUCGAUCAUGAAGCUGACGGCGCGCGACGCGGACAGUGGCUCGAACGGGGACAUCCGCUAUGCGCUCUCGCCCGACGUCGGCGACAUUGUGAACAUCUUCGACGUGGACGCGUACACCGGCUGGAUCACGACGCUGGUGGCGCUGGACAAGGAGAAGCGCGAGGACUACAAGUUCCAGGUGCUGGCGACGGACAACGGGCAGCCGAAGCACACGACCCGCUCGACCGUGAUCGUGCGGCUGAAGGAUUACAACGACUGUCCGCCGGUGUUUCGCGAGGGGCAGUACAAGGCGAGCGUCAGCGAGGACGCCCUGCCCGGGACGGUGGUGCUGCAGAUCGCCACCACCGACAAGGACGUCGAGCUGCGGACGGCGGUCGAGUACUACAUCAUCGCGGGCGAUUCGCUGUCCCAGUUUCAGAUCAAAAACAGUGGCGAGGUGUUCGUGGUGAAGGCGCUCGACCGGGAGAGCAUCGCCGAGUACGAGCUGAAGGUGAUCGUGACCGAUGGCAAGUACACGGCGACGGCAAACAUCUCGAUCACGGUGCUGGAUGCGAACGACAAUCCACCGUACUGUUUGAAGUAUCGCUAUCGCGAACAGCUGAGCGAAGGGGCCCGCCCCGGCACGCACGUACUGCAGGUGCUUGCCAACGAUAUGGACGAGCCGGCGAACAGUCGGCUACGGUUCUAUCUCACCGGCAACGGCGCGGAAGACUUCAAUCUGGACAAGGACACGGGACACCUCAAGACGGCACGCAAGCUGGACCGCGAAACUCAGUCCCGCUACAGCCUGAUGGCGCACGUGCAGGACCGCGACCAUCCGGGCUGGGAGUGCUCGUCGCAGAUCGAGCUAGCGCUUACCGACCUGAACGACAAUGCGCCCGAAUUCUCGAUGAACCCGUACAGCGUGACGCUGCCGGAGGACGCGGAGGUCGGCACGCUGGUGACGAAGAUCCACGCGACGGACGCCGACAUCGGCAUCAACCGCAAGAUCAAGUACGCGUUCCUCGACUCGUACCGGGACCACUUCCGCAUCGCGCCCGAGUCGGGCAUCGUGACGCUCGCCAAACCGCUCGACCGCGAGCAGAAGGCCCUGUACAACCUGUCCGUCAGUGCGACCGAUCUGGGCCACCCGGCGCUCUCGAACGCGGCCACACUCGUCGUCAACGUGCAGGACAUUAACGACAAUCCGCCCGAGUUCACGUCGAAGCACUACUUUGCGUCGGUGCCGGAGAUCAAUGCGAUCGGGUCGGAGAUUUUGAAGGUGCUGGCCACGUCCAAGGACACCGGCAUCAAUGCAGAGAUUACGUACUCCAUCAUUGGGGGUAAUGAGCAUCGGAAGUUUGGCAUCCACAACCGGACGGGCGUCCUGUCGCUCGCCGACACGCUCGACUACGAGCGGGCGAAGGACUACUUCCUGACGAUACAGGCGGUGGAUGGGGGCACGCCGCCGCUCAGCAAUCUCGCCACGGUCAACAUCUCCGUCACGGACAGCAACGACAACCAUCCGCAGUUCACGCAGAACUCGUACAGCGCCCGGAUCCGGGAGGACGCGCAGCGCGGCGACCGCAUACUGCAGGUGCGCGCGAACGACCUCGACGCGGAGGAGAACGGGCGCGUCAGCUACACGAUCGAGCGGGGCGACCGGAUGGAGCAGUUCGCGAUCGAGGAGGACACCGGGUACGUGGCGGUGGCCGGCACGCUCGACCGCGAAUCCAUCUCGAACUACGUGCUGGAGGUGCAGGCGCGCGAUCACGGCGUGCCGACGCUGACCGCGUACGUGCUGGUGAACAUCGAGAUCUCCGACGCGAACGACAAUCCGCCCGUGUUCACGCAGCAGAACUACACCGCCGUCGUGCAGGAGGACAAACAGAUCGGCCACACGCUGCUGAAGUUCGACGUGACGGAUGCGGACACGGCCCCGAACGCGGCACCGUACACGUUCGACUUCCGCUCCGGCAACGAGGGCGGCGCGUUCCGCAUCGAGCAGGACGGCAUACUGCGCACGGCGACGCGGUUCAACAGCAAGAUCCGGGACAGCUACCAGCUGCAGGUGCGCGUGUUUGACAACGGCACGCCGCCGCUGUACUCCGACACGUGGGUGCUGGUGAAGGUGAUAGAGGAGUCGCAGUAUCCGCCGGUCAUCACGCCGCUCGACAUUGCGAUCAACUCGUUCCUGGACGAGUAUCCGGGCGGUGUGAUCGGGAAGGUGUACGCGACGGACCAGGAUCAGUACGAUACGCUUACGUACGGGCUCGCCCCAACGGUCGGUGUGCUGUACUCGCCGACCAACCUGUUCAACAUCUCGCGCAACGAUGGCGUCAUCUACGCCUACCCCCGGCUGGACGUGGGCGACUAUCGCGUCAACGUCACCGUCACGGACGGCAAGUUCGCCGCGUACACGAUCGUGAAGGUCGCGGUCGAGCUGAUCAACGAGGAGAUGCUGGCGAACGCGAUCGUGAUCCGCUUCCUCAAGGUGUCGCCGGAAGCGUUCGUGCUGAGCCACCGCAAGGGCUUCAUCCGCUCGGUGCGCAACGCGAUCGGGUGCAAGAUCAAGGACAUCAUCAUCAUCUCCGUGCAGCCGUCGAACGACGACGACCUGAACCUGAUACAGCACCGCGCCCGGCGCGAACUUUCCCACGGGACGGUGCGCGCGCGGCGCAAUGCGAACCGCGACCUGGACGUGCUGUUUACCGUGCGCAACGGGCAGACGGGCGGGUUCUACGCCGGGCACGAGAUACGGCGCGUGAUCGACGAGAAUCUGGAGGAGAUCGAGGACGCGACCAAGCUCCAAAUCGACGAGGUGGUCAAGUCGAAGUGUUUGCCGAACUACUGCAUCCACGGUGAGUGCGAGGACCGGAUCGUGCUGGACGCGAAGCUGAUCCACCCGGUGUCGACGGACGUGACGAGCUUCGUGUCGGCGCGGCACGCGCACCGCAUGGAGUGCGCCUGCCGGGAGGGGUACGGUGGCGACAAGUGCCAGCACGCGGUGAACGAGUGCUCGAAGGCGCCCUGCCCACCGUACAAGACGUGCGUGCCGGACUCGUCCGACCAGGGCUACCACUGCACGUGCCGGGAAGGGUUCGCCGGGCCGAAGUGCGACCGGGACAUCACGCUGUGCCACGACGAGACGUGCUACGUGCCGCGCAACCCGGUGUCGUUCAGCGGCAAGAGCUACGCGCACUAUCGCAUCGAGAAGGAGAUCGCGCGGAAACACCUGGAGGACCAGCUGGUGCUCGGGCUGCGGCUGCGCACGGUACAGCCGACCGGCAACAUCAUGUACUCGGCGGGCAAGGUGGACUUUAACGUGCUGGAGAUCAUGAACGGGAUGAUCCAGUACCGGUUCGAUCUCGGGUCGGGCGAGGGCCUGGUCAGCGUGUCGAGCAUCUUCGUGUCGGACGGGCUGUGGCACGAGGUGCGGCUCGAGCGGGAAGGCAACAGUGCGAAGCUGUUCGUGGACGGGAAGCACGUGGCCCAGGGCAAUGCGCCGGGCGUGAACGGUGUGCUGAACCUCCAGUCGGACGAUAUCUUUUUCGGCGCGGAAGUGAAGCAGCACCCGACCGUGCUCGGCUUCCAGGACGUGCAGCGCGGCUUCGUCGGGUGCAUGGACGAUAUACGCCUGUCCAAGAUACCGGUGCCGCUGCACAUGAAGGGCGCCAGCUCGGUCGCAAGCCUGCGGCAGUUCGCGAACGUGGAGUUUAGCUGCGACGCGGCGUCGGUGCUGGUGCCGCUGGGCGUUUGCGGCACGCAGCCCUGCUGGAAUGGUGGCACCUGCAAGGACAUCGGGGGCGGCAACUUCGAGUGUUUGUGCCACUCGCGCUUCAAGGGACCGUACUGCAAGGAGGACCAGAACCCGUGCGCCUCCUCGCCCUGCCUGUACGGGGGCAAGUGUGCGAAGGUUGGGUUCGGGAACUACACCUGCGACUGUCCGGCGCGCAUGUCGGGCAAGCGGUGCGACUACGGGCGCUUCUGCACACCGAACCCCUGUCGCAAUGGCGGCGUGUGUGAGGAGGGUGACGAUGGGCCGCUCUGCAUGUGCCACGGGUACUCGGGCACGUUCUGCGAAACCGACAUCGAUGAGUGCGAGCGACAGCCGUGCGGCAGUGGAGCGACGUGCAUCAAUGAGGCGGGCAGCUUCCGCUGCAUCUGCCCGCCGGAGAUGACGGGGGCGAGCUGUGGCGAUCCGCUCAGCUCGAACGCACUGACGAUCGCGUUCAAGAAGGUGUCGUCGGAUCUGUUCUUCCUGGCGGUGGGCAUCGUCGGGCUCGCGCUGGUCAGCGUGGUGGUGUGGGGCGUCACCUGCGCCUGCCGCAAGAAGCGGCGCUCGAGCCGGCACGAGAAGAUCAACAACGAGGCGAACAAGGGCAUCGUGCUGAACCCGGUGUCGGAGGCGUCCGGCUACAAGCGCGGCUCGAAGAUGUCCAACCUGGAGAUACAGCGCGACCAGCGGCCGGUUUCGUACACGCCGAGCAGCAACAACGCGGCCGACCAUCUGUACAACUGCAACGCAAUGCUGCAGUACAACAAUCUCGACACGCUGCGCAGCUACGGUUCGGCGGGCGAUGAGCUGGAGAAUGUGCCGCCCGAGUAUCGCAAAGGGACGGUACCGUGCACGCAGCAGAUGGUGGUCAACCUGAACAGUGGUGGCGGUGGUGGUGGUGGCGGGAACGCAAACACCUCCGACACCGAGUCGCUGCACAAGCAGAAGUGGACGGAACAGAUCCAGCUGCAAACGUUCACCGACAAGAUCAACAACGAUCUGAAGCGGCGCGGACAGGGCGGAUCGCCCGAUCCGCUGCUGCAGCAGCAGCAGCAACAGCACCACCAGCAGCAGCAGCAGCAACCUCCACAUCCCAGCACCACCCAUCUGCGCGUUUCGCCGAUGCAGCUGAAGCCGGCCCAGAUGGGCGUACUGCCCGGCCGGCUGCUGAACACGCAGCACUCGCCGACGAUGCUGAUGCCACCGCACAGCUUCGAGGACGGGCCGGCGCAUCACGGCAGCACCGCCGCCUACCACUGGGACUGUUCCGAUUGGGUCGGGCGCGGGCACCAUCCGCUGCCGAACAUUACGGAGGUGCCGGGCAGCGAGGUGCCGGACUCGUCCAGCUUCCACAGCAACGAAAGCAAUGAAUCGCACCCGAAAGCUAGUCUUCUUCCGCCGAUUCUAGGACCGGUAGAUUCGACGCGAGACAUCGAAACGCUGAACGAGGAUAACGAGUCGGAGUACGUGGACGACUCGGAGUGUGAUCAGAGUGAGCAGCCGCUUUCGUUGGGCUUCGAGCAGAACUCCUCCAUAUCCUGCCUGAACCCGCUCGACAGUGGCAGUGAAGACUAUAGAUUUAACACAGUGCCUUUAAAAGUUAAUACACCUGAUAGUUAUCUGCGUCAUCCGAACAGCUACUUGCCGAAGUAUAACAUACAGAGCGAAACGGAGGGCGAAAAUGUGCCACUGACGGGCCGGAAGCCGCUGAACGGGCUCGAGAUCGGCCGGCACCAGCUGGUCGAGUCGGACGACGACGACGUCGAGUCGUACGGUUUUCCCCAAACGCGCCGGAACCGUCGCGAACCCAGUGAUAUCGAUUUAGUUUUAAAAACUGACGAAGGCAGCUCUCUGCUAAGCCAUUCCCGCACGCUGAACAGCUCCAAUCACUCGAACAGCGAUCUCUCCACCCAGCUGUGCGAGAUCGAUGACUCCGAGUACGAGGAGAGCCACCAUCAGCAGCAGCAGCAGCAGCAGCACCUCCAUCCCCAUCAUCAUCACCAUCACCAGCAUCACCAUCAUCAGCUCCCGCCACCGCAGGCGAACGUGUCGUCCGGUGGUUCGUCCGGUGGUGGCAGUGUCGCUUCGACCAGCGCCGGCAGUACCGGUGCGACCGCCAAACCGAAGCAACAGAAGGUCAAGUGGAGCAACGUCGUCCAGCAGACGGAAGUUUGACAGCGGCAGCUAAUCGAUGACAGCAGCAGCAGCAGCACUCGCCCACAGAUGGCGCUAACAGAUAAGACUUAUUUUACUACUUCUAUUACUACUACUAGUACUUUUAGUGCUACCAUCAUGACUACUUUUAAUGCAAUCGUGUGGUGGUGGGGCACGCACCCCCUACAGCAGCCACUAUUCCACGCAAUGGUAGCGCUGGUGCGAUCCCUGCCCUGCCACUCGUGCGCGGCAGCACUGGGGCGGUGCUACUGGUUCCGGAAGUCACUACCAUCACCACAAACCACUACUUCAUUCCAGCGCCACUGGUUCUUUGUGGUGGGAUAAUUUAUUUAAUUUAGUUUACAGCCGCACCCGUGCGCAGUUGGAGCAGCUCUUCUUCCCCGCGGUGCUUGUUUGUCCCUGCUUUGUGUUUGUCGGUGGCAAAUCGUUUCGUCCUAAGAGUAUCGGCCACAGUUGUUCAAGGUUCUUUCCUUUUUUUUAUAACUGCUUAAGUAGUGAGUAAUAAGCGAGGGCUUCACUGUACCAAUCAUCUUCCAUCAAACUGUCGUAUCGGAUAAGGAAAUAUCAUUCAACUGUGCAUUGGCACAGUUGCACACAAACAACACUAUGUCCUCACAUUCUCAGCGUCAGGAAAAAAAAGGAUCGAUUUCAUCAAAUCAUCGCAACUAAGGACUGAACAAUAUUCACUGGAAAUCCACUCUUUUCCUGUUCAAUUAAGUUGAUGGUAAGGAGAGAAGUUUAGUUUAGAUUAACGUGUAUCCACAUUCUUCUCCACAACAUAAAUAGCACGACGACCCUCGAUAAAGUCCGUAAAAUACACACCGCCAUCCAGGGCGAGAUAAUUGCAUGGGGUAGGUUUAACACACACACACACACACACACACACACACACACACACACACACACACACACACACACACACACACACACCUCGACGCAAACACCUUCCAUUAGGAGAAGAUUCAAUAGAGGAUUACCAGUUCAGUAUUCGGGCGCUACGUUGCGUUUAUCAACCUUGGUGUCUCUGUGUGUGUAUGCUUUCCUGUUAAGCGGCUAGCUUAAUUCAGUUCCUUCUUUCGGUUUCUCGGCGACCUGUUUGCCGACCGGUUUACGGAAAGGGAGGGAGCGAAAUAUGCCGAAUGCCAUUAAUGGAUUUCCGCCUUAAGUGUGUCUCGUUUUUAUCGCAAUCGACACCUCGGUGGAACUUCACAAUCAACUUAAACGUAACAACUGUUGUCCUAUCACUAAUUUGCCUUUAGUUUAGCCUCAUCAUCUAAGCGUUCAGUGUUUUUUUUAUGUUACUUUUGUACCACCCGUCACGAGAUUCCAACGUUGUAACUUAAUAUUCCACACCGGUUAGAUGGCGAGACGGCGGAAACGGCUCCCCAUGCAUCCAAUAGGCUCUGUUGUGCUUUCUUUUUUUCCAAUAGGAUAUAAAGUGCAUUUUUUAUAGCAACGUGGGAACAGCUAGCGUUAGUUUAGAUGAGAGGACAAUAGGAAUUUUUGCAUCCAUUCUUGCCUCUUUCGUUUUACUCAACAUAAUCGCACAUUUUCACAUUAAUUGUUUUUUUUUUAUAAUAAUUACUAGAAGAACAAUACAUAACCCUAGGUUUGUCGCGAUUUCAUUAAUGUGAGUUCUGCAAGGAAGCGAACUUUAUAUGGCCGCUCUAUUAUUUAAGGUAACCUGACCCCACCCUCUAAACUUCUACUUCAAAACCCCGGUUUGUGUUGUGAGACGGCGGCGAGGAGAAGCUACUCCCACCCGCCAUGAAUAGCGUUCGAGUUGGACGGUGAAUGAGCUAAAGUAGGAAAUAUUACAAAAAAAAGAGAAGAAGAAACUAUAACUUAGAAGUCCUUAGGAAGUCCUUAGUAAAAUAUUGAAGAGUAAGAGAAAAAAAUAAUAACGAAAAAAAAACUAAACAAUCGAAGUAAUGCGAAGAAAGAGCGCACCGAAAGAGGAAAAGCGCAGAUGAGCAACUGUAUCAUAUGACACAAACAAAGUAAAAAAAAAAAAACGAACCGACUAAGCAAGGGAGAUAACAAAAAGCCCGCAUACAAGAAUUAGGAUAAAAACGAAUCAUGCGAAUCUUUAUUCUUUACGUUUGGGAACAAAAAAAAACACAACCACGAAACACACGAACGAAGUGGACGGGCCCGUGUUUAGUAGUGUAGCAUCAAUGGGAAACUCUCCACACACACUCACACACUUUUUCUCGCUAGCGGGAAGGGUGGGACAACUAUAUCAAAAGUAUUAGGGUUAAAUCUAGAACAAACAGGAGCAAGCAAACCAGAGACCGGUGCAGCAUGAAAUGAACAACAAAACACUCGUACUAAAGAAUAGCUCCAACAGCGUUUGGUGCAAAAGGGGAAAGAAGCGAAGUUAGAAGCGAAGUAACUAGACUAUCACAUUUUAUGGGGAAGAAAC